AUGUAUUGUCCUACUUUUCGAGUGUUGUCAUGUACGAAACAAAUCACCAACCAAAUCAGAAAAAAAUCCAUACAAAUUAGUUCCAAUUCAGAUGAGUCUCCAUUGGACGGUAUUAGAAUUUUAGAUUUGACCAGAAUUGUAGCUGGCCCUUUUUGUACUAUGGUUUUAAGUGAUCUAGGGGCUGAAGUUAUCAAAGUUGAACGUCCAAAAAUGGGGGAUGAAUGCCGUAAAUGGGGCCCACCUUUUGCAAACAACACACAAGAACCUUGCUAUUUUCUCUCAGUCAACAGAAACAAGAAAAGUAUGUGCGUUGAUUUGAAACAUCCAGAAGGAAAGAGUAUAUUGUACGAUUUAGCGAAGAAGAGUGAUGUCUUGGUAGAAAACUAUGUUCCUGGCAAACUAGAUGAGCUGAAACUUGGCUAUGAAGAUUUUCGAAAAGUGGCACCACAUUUAAUAUACUGUUCAAUCACUGGUUAUGGUCCUGAUGGUCCUUAUAAAAAUAGACCUGGUUAUGAUGUUAUAGCAGCAUCUAUGGGUGGUUUAAUUCAUGCUACAGGUACUAUAAGCGGAGAACCAGUCAAAGUUGGAGUAGCUAUGACAGAUGUAACUACUGGUCUCUACGCACAUGGAGCCAUCAUGGCGGCUCUCAUCAAACGCUCAAGAACCGGAAGAGGCCAGAAAAUUGAUUGCAAUCUCCUUUCCACUCAAAUAUCGACACUUAUAAACAUUGGAGCCAACUACCUGAACGCUGGCAAAGAGGCCACAAAAUGGGGCACCGCACACGAAAGUAUAGUACCCUACGAAUCAUUCCCCACCCAAGACGGCUAUUUUACCAUUGGUACCGGCUCCGAACCACAGUUUAAAGACUUCUGUGAACGAAUACAAAGACCAGAUCUUCCACAAAACGAAAAGUAUUUAACCAAUAAAUUGAGGGUGCAAAACAGAGAGGAAUUGGUGCCGUUGCUAAGAACCAUCUUGAAGACGAAAACCAACAAAGAAUGGGCCGAUAUAUUCUUGGGAGCAUCGUUUCCGUGUGGGCCGGUCAAUACAAUGAAAGACACCUUUGAAGAUCCUCAUGUUAAGGCAAUCGAUUUGGUGAAAACUUUGGACCAUCCGGUAGCUGGUCAAAUAAAGGUGGUUGGGCCUGCGGUUAAAUAUGGAGAGGGGGGAAAUUUUGUUAAAAGUGCACCCCCUACGUUGGGGCAACACACCAAACAAGUGUUAAGUGAAAUUUUAGGUUUUAGCGAUGCGAGUAUUGAAGAUUUUAAACGACGACAAGUUGCAAAAUUUAAGCUUAAAACAUACACGUGCACCGCUGAGGCCUGCCAGGAAGUUCCUAGAGUUCGAUUGAAAUUAAGAAAGCCAAGGACCGACAGAAAAGUUCAGUGGAGUACAGAAACUGUAGAUAAUGAGAAUAUGGGCAAAAAGAAAUCAAAAUGUUGUUGUAUAUAUGACAAACCGAAAAAGUUCGGCGAGAGUAGUUCAGAUGAAGAUGAAGACGAAUGUGAUCAUUGCCAUGGACAUGUAGAGAAAAAGAAACAUAAACACAAUCCAUCAGCGGGUAACAGUAUUGACAGUGAGGGUGGAUUGAGUCCGGGUGAUGGACCUAGCUCGUAAAUUAAAAAAAAUCAACUGUACUCCGCACAUUCUACGUAGACGAAUAAAUUUGGAAAGACUCUACCAACACUGUUACCUUACAUUCUUAACUAUAGUAGAAUUUUUAGUGAUUGAUAGUAUAAAGUAUUUCAAUGUUCUGAUGUAUUUCCAGUUUGAAUUCCAUUUUUAACCUAUUGUAGAGGUAUAUCAUUUGAUCUUGUAUACCGGCUGUAAUUUGUCUGUUUGUAACAGUUAAGCCCUAAUCGACAUUGUUAUUUACUUUUUCAAGAUCAAUGACUAUAAGUAUCCAUUUAAAUUAAAUAACUUGCACUAUUAAUUAAUUAUUAUAUGUAUGUGUCUGACAUUAUAAAUGCGUUUUGCUAUCAAACACAAAGAGUUCACUUAAAAAGUUUACUGUAUUUUUAAUGUUUUUUCAAUAAUAUACCAAUAUAUCAAAUGUUUACCAAUUUAAACCUCUUCAAAUGUUAAUGUUCAAUGAAAAACUCUUAAGUAGUAAGACGAGAGGAGAUAAACCAAUGUGAUGAUAUAAUUAUUGUUAAAUUAGGAAUAUAAGUAAUAUUUAUCCUAAUAAUAAGCAAUAAGAUUUAAGUGAAACGUAAAA